AUGAAUGAAAACAGAUCAAGGGAUUAUGAUUAUUUAUACAAAAUCAUAUUAAUUGGUGAUAGUGGAGUAGGAAAAUCAUGUAUAUUGUUAAGAUUUUCUGAUGAUCAUUUUACAGAGAGUUAUAUAACCACUAUAGGGGUUGAUUUUCGUUUUAGGACUUUAAAAGUUGAUGAUAAAGUUGUAAAAUUGCAAAUAUGGGAUACAGCUGGGCAAGAAAGAUUUCGAACUAUAACUUCAGCAUAUUAUAGAGGAGCUGAUGGAAUAAUAAUAAUUUAUGACACAACAGAUAGAAACUCAUUUUUGCAUAUUAAUGAUUGGAUGGCUGAAAUAAAUAAAUAUACAAAUGAUGAUACUUGUAAAUUACUAGUAGGUAAUAAGUUUGAUUGUAAAGACGAAAUAGAAGUUCCAACAGCUGAAGGCGAAAGUAAAGCAAAAGAAUUAAAUAUACCAUUUAUUGAAACAUCCGCUAAAGAUGCAUUGAAUGUUGAACUUGCUUUUACUAUGAUAACUCAAGAACUUAUUAAAAAAAAAAAAAAAAAAAAUAUUAACUCAGUCAAUAAUCAAACUAAGGUUAAUCUGUUUUCAGACGACAGAGAUCAAAGUUCAUUGUGUUCGUGUUAA